AAUUCAUAGCCACACAAAAUUUCUCCACCACAAUCUCACAGCAGCCCCGCCCCCCAAUUCUUCUUCUCCGUUCUACUCACCCGAACCCUUCCUCUCUUCUCUUUUCUUUCCUCUUCUCUUCUCAUGCACUGCCUUCCCCGUUUCUUCUUCUACCCACGGCAAAUCGAGAGAUGUUGAGAGAGAGAUGAGACCGAGAGAGAGCCGAGAGAUUGAGUGUGAGAUCGGGAGAGUUGAGGGAGAUGGAGCCCGAUCCUCCGGUUGGUGGCGCCGACGAGACCAGAGGACGCCGGCGACGUGAUCUCCGGUGAGCCCGUAACCCGCAACCGCCAGACCCGGAAGUGAAACCCGUGACCCGUGUGUGUAACCCGCUGUACCCGUGAGGACCCGAUCCUCCAUGAUCGGCGACUGGGACUGAAAUCCGGCGAUUGAGGAGCUCCGGCGGAAUCCAGGAGCUUGAACCCGCGACCCGUGAGCCCAGAAAACCCGAGAGCCCGAUGCAGCCGUGAAACCCGAGCAACCCGUGACCCGUACCCAUGUGACCCGGUUCUUCAUAGCGAUUUCCGGCGACUUUUCCGGCUGGAAUCAGAGGCGAUUUUAAUGGGUUUUUGAGGAAAAUCCCCAAGAGAUAAUAUAUUUUUUAGCUGUAGCUUCAGCCGCAGGAUUUGGAGGGCUGCUAUGAAGGCUUGUGGUUUUGCUGAUCCCCCUUGUUGGGAUGAUGUUGUGGAUUGGGGUAUCUCUAAAUUCCAUGGUAAGAGCUUGCAGGCCUGCGUAGGUCGUCUGUGGGUGAUGUAUCAUCUCUGAAAGCAUCGAAAUGAUAUCCAGCAUGGAAAUAUAUUGAGUUCAGAGGAAGCCAUUUUGAUCCAGAUUUUCUGGGAUGUUCGAACCAGAAUUCUAGCUAAAGGAAGGUUUAAAAGUUUAUCUUCUUGUUUAGAGUUGGUGUAUAGGUGGAAUCUUCAUUCAUUGUUGUAACCUGGGUAGUCUCUGUUGAGUAGUUGUUUGAUGCUUACUGAUUGUUUGUUGUAGUAGGUGUUUUUCUGUUUGGGGUCUGCCGUUUGAUCCCUUGUGAGUCCUGUUUUGUGGACGUGAGCCAGUUUUUAUCGUUGGCGUGUAAUUGUGGUUGGGCUUGUUCUAUAAAGUUUUGGUUCAUUUAAAAAAAAAAAAAAAAACCCUAAAGACCCGUUUCUUUCAAAACUCGCUUCGGUGGCUGCCACCUCCCCCGAAACGUUUCUUAACCGGCCUGUCAACUCUGACACUUCUCCUUGGACUUGUUUGAUUCUCCCCAGCUCAUGGCUACACCUGCCCAAGUGGAAAGAUUAGUUUCGUACAAUGAGCAUAGGCCAAGAAGGCCUCCACUGGACUUGCCUUCGCUGCUUCUCCAUGGGAGGAAUGUUUACGUUGGCAUGCCUUUGGUGCCAGCUGUUUCAGAGCUCAUUGUUGCAGAAUUGAUGUACCUGCAGUGGAUGGAUCCCAAAGAACCAAUAUAUCUUUAUAUAAAUUCUACAGGAACAACUCGUGAUGAUGGUGAAACAGUUGGGAUGGAGACAGAGGGUCAAGACCCUCUGGCGGCUUUUCCAGUAGAUUCCGCGACAUCCGACAAUUUUUCUGGCAGGUUCAGCGCUGCGCUGGCGACAGUUGCGCCACGCGCCGGCGCGCGUGGCGUCACGCUCCACCGUCUGUAGUUCUUCCUUUUUCUUUUGUAUUUUGGAUAUGCUUUUCAGAUGUAAUUCAGGUUUUUUUUUGUAUUUUUGGGUUUGUAUUUCUGUUGGGUUUGGGCAGAUUUGGGUGAAUGUUGGGGGGCUUUUUUGGUUUUUUGGGCUUUGGGUUUUUUGUGAUUCUGGGUGUUGUGGGCGCUGCAUGCGGGUUUUAGGGUUGGUCUUUAUGGAUUUGUUUGGGUUUUUCUAUUUAUAGGUUAGCUUUAGCUGUUCUUAUGUAUACUCCCGGUGUACUUAGGGGUGCCUUACGCUUAUUUAUAAAGUUUUCUUACUUAUCAAAAAAAAAAAAUGAGGUGUGCUUCUUUUCAAA